UGAGACACUCAAUUUAGAUAUAUUAUGUAUGUGUAAAACAUAAUGGGCAUCAUUUUUGCGCUAGAUAUAUGACCACCUGCCUUUGAAUGUUAUUGUGCCAUAUUCCCAUAGCAACCAAAGAACUCCGCGAACGUACUUAUAAACAACAGACAGCUGCAACGGCAACGCAUUUCACUUUGGCAUUACUUGUUAUUAUAAAUCUUAACCUACAUUAGAUUUCAAUAUAUUUAUCGUAGCAAUGGCAGAUGAACAGUUGAAAUGGAUUUUUGAUUCAUUAAUUGAGUUUUUAAAAGGUCCUAUAUGGAAUAUUCCAAUUCAAACUUUCCUUGAACAUAAGUCAGCAGUAUUUGAACCAGGAACUGAAAAUGAAGAUGAAUAUAAGAAAAUUCAUGAAGAAUAUAAAAAUCUGGUGGAUUUUAUGUUGGGCAGCCAUAUGGAAGACUUGGGUAUUAGUCCUGAGAAGUUUGAACAAGCCUGUGGGAAAGCUGAUGGAACUAUCCAUUCACAGUUUCAGCAGAGCCUCUUUGAGCAAGUCUGGGCAGCAGAUGAUUAUGAAAUUUUCAAACGAAUGAUGAUGCAAAAGAACAUUGAGCUUCAGCUACAAGCCUUGGAAAUACUUGCACGUUACCAUGGUGUUGUUACCAUUGGCCUUGUUCCAGAUACCAAUUACAUUCCAAGCAAGGAAGAAGAGGAAAUCAUGGAAACUGUUAUCAAAAAAUCAUUGGAAGAGCAUAAAGCUCACAUGGACCUAGCAGAAAAAGAAAAUCUGAGAAAAACUCUUGAAGCUACAUUAAUUGAAAAAACUCGACUGGAGAAUGAGCAAAAAAGAGAAAAAGAAAUGCUGGAAAAGGCUAUGAUGAUGUCCAUCCAUGAGCAAAAUAAACCAGUAACUCCAGCAAGUAAUACUGAAGAAGAUAAUAACCCAAUCGUAAAACCUCAAGAGUUUGAAGCUAGACAGGAAUACCUUCGUCAGCAGCGUGAUAAGCUUCUGGAACUAAAACGUCGGGAAAGAGAGAAACGACUCUCUAAUUAUGAAAAGACUACCACUCAGAAACGACCAAAGUCCUCUCGAGCAGCACGUAGUGUUGUUAGUCAAGGUAAUGACGUAAAGAAUGUUGACCCUCAAACACUGGCUUAUCGUAAAUUCUUGGCUGCUCGUCUUAAAGCUGAAGUUAUUGGUAAUGCUUCAAGCAUCU